AUGACUUCUUUCCUAUCCACGGAACAAGUGGUUGUUCCUACAAUUGACGAUGAACUAUAUUCAAGCUACGUGGAUCAGACAUCCAGACGGAUCUUGGAUGUCUUCCUGCAAUAUGCACUCAACAAAUUUGAAUAUGCACCGGGCCAUCUGCAAGGGAAGGGAGAGGGUUUCCUUUCUUUGAUAGGCCGAUUUGUCGCCCAGGGAGCUCGUGUGCAGGCUUGUCUUCCUGCUUUUCCGUUCAAGUCUGCCAAUAAGGUGUACAAGGUACUUGGCAGCUUGCCAGAUAAAGCAGAGGAAUUAGCACUAGACCGGUUGAACACCCUUUGCGAUUCUAUCCAGCAAUUCUAUGCUCCGGGUGCCGAGAUUGUGAUUAUCUCAGACGGAAUCACCUACAAUGAUUUGCUGUGCAUUUCGGACCAAGAGACUUGGCGAUAUGGAGAAGCUCUGCGACGCAUAGCUGUCGAGAAAGGCUUUCAGAACAUCCUGUUCUCGCGGAUCCGAGAUCUUCUCGAUAUUUCACUUCCCGAUAAGCUGACCGAAAUUGUAUAUGUUGCCAACUGUACAAACUUCCGUCGCUUACUCAUGAAUCAGUAUGGGGCGGUGGAUCUCGACAUCGACAAGGAAAUCGCCGAAAAUGCAGAUACGAAAUUGACGUAUCUUGGCUACAAGCGGUUCCUGGAAUCAGAUUUACAGCAUAUCUUUCCCCGAGGGGAGCAUCGCUCCGCCCACAGUUACAAGCGGGACUGCAAAUAUCUGGCCAAGCAGAUGCUCGCAAGAAGAUAUUCCUUUGCCAGAGCCGUCAAAGCCGCCUUUCCAUAUCACCUACGGCUAUCAAUCCACGAGUCUAUUAGUGAAGACAAAAUACCCAUCAAUCUACUGAAUACCAAAACAGGCUUUACCACCCCAUGGCACUGUUCCGUGGCCCAUCUUGCCAAUGGGGAGUGGAUAAGUGCUCCGAUGGGCGAAUUCAACCAGGACAGUCGGUUGGAGUUGAUUCAUGUAGAUGGGGCUCCCAGCCAUUAUCAGGAGAAAAUGCCUGAUGGUACGCAUUCUGCCAUCACUGAGUUGACGGCAACCUAUCUCCAGUCACCGAAGUCUAUCAAUGCCACUGCAUAUAUGAGUAGUACAUUGACAGCCCCAUCAAGGUCUCCAUAUUCUAGCGACGUUUCCAUCUCUUCCUCUGAGGGCAAGUACACCGACAGUUGUUUGACAAGCCCGAACAUAUCGACAGCUUACAAUUCCUCUCCCUCCCCAUGUGGUCUUGGAAUUCAUAUCCAGGCAAAAGAGGAGACGAGGAGCGAGGUUUCGACGCAAUACGGUCGAAGGCUGAUUCCCCAGAUAAUGGAUGAUCUUGCGGCUUCCAGGCCAGAGACCACCGUCUUCUCUCUCCCCCUUUCUCUCGGAUGGCGCUCUCAAUCUGAACCCAGUUUCUGCUUUUCAGUUUACCAGAGCAGUGGAUAA